UCUACUUCGUUGCAACAAUAACUGAUUCGUCGAUACUGGAAAGCAGAGAAAUCACGAAGAUGUCGGGCAAGAUUACGUGCUAUCUAGACUGCGUAUCUCCGUACUCAUACUUCGCUCUGCUUCAUCUUGAACGAACCAGAUCGGUUCUCGAAGCACACAAUAUCGAAAUCGAUAUAGUACCCGUCUUCCUAGGCGGCAUCAAUGUCGGCAGCGGCAACAAGCCUCCGUGGACCCUCGACGCAAAGGCAAAGUAUAGCAAGUAUGAUACCAAGCGGGCGAAAGAAUACUUUGGAGUGCCCGAGCUAAGCGUUCCGCCAUUUUUUCCCAUCACGUCCCUGCUACCACAGCGGGCGCUGUGCCAUGUGAAAGAGGCACAUGCCGAGCAUUUUGUGAGCAUCUUCCUUGACAUUUUUACCGCUAUGUGGAAGAACCAGAAAGAUGUCAGUGAACCAGAGGUCCUUGCAGAAGUGCUUCAGCUGCGGCUGGAGGAAGACCAAGUCCGAGAUGUGUUAGCAAAUGCAAGCAGCGCGCCGUUCAAGCAGCGUCUCAACGACAAUACAAAAGAAGCGCUUGAUAAAGGCGCAUUUGGAUGUCCAUGGUUUUCUGUCCGGAACUCGAAAGGGAAAGAAGAACCUUUCUUUGGUAGUGACAGGUUCUCUUACAUGUGGGAGUUUCUCGGGUUGCCGUGGAAGGAUGUUGAACUGCUGCCGCCUGGUAAUCAGAAGGCAAAGAUCUGAUGUAGAGUAUUCUUCAAAGCUUCUGAAUGGGUCGGCGCAUGGGUGGAAUCGCGAUAGGGCGCUGGGGCUUGGGGCGCGAAGUCGCAUGGCGGAUUGUGAUAGCUGUGAGUCCAGACAAUUCUGCGACAUUAGUUCAAAUGUCUUUCAUCUCAAACUUGCUCCCUC